AUGGCCGAGGGGCCCCCGAUCUCGAUGUUCCCAGAGCUUGUGGUGUGCGACCCCUUGCACUGGCGGUACAUCCUGCUUCCCCCGGUGCCUGAAGAUCUGGUGGCAUCGGUGGAGAGCCAAGACGACGAAUUUUUAGGGUGGUCUUGCGAGCCUAGCCUCAUUCCGCUCAGCGAUGAGGAGGCUGCCCUGGCAGAAGAGACAAUGUUCAGAGUGAUCUGGUCGGCAUGUUGCCAAACCAAUAUGGUCGUGUUUGUCUUCUCUUCGAGCACUGGGCAGUGGCAAGCCGCUGCAUCCCAGGCCUGCAUGGACAGGGAGCCUUUGUAUUUUAUCAGGCGCCAUUUGGUGGGCGGCUGCGUCUACUGGGUCUUGCCGAUGAAUAAGACAGAUUUGCUCGUGCUUGACACCAGGACAAUGGAGUUCUCCAUUGCUGACCUCCCACCUGGAGAAUGGAGCCAACCAGAUAUAGCUAUUGUUGAUGCAGGGGAAGGCAGGCUUGGGAUGUUUCGUACAGGUCAUGAAAAUGCAAGUGGUGAAUCUUAUCUCUGUUAUACCAUUUGGCAAAACAAAGGCGAGAGUUCUGGCGACUGGCAGAUGGAGAAACUGUCACUAGGUUCUGGGUAUCGGUAUAAUAUCAAAGGUGGAACAGAAAACUACUUGAUCCUACUAAGGAUAGAAGCUCAGAAGCAAUUUUUGUUAAUAACCCUACCAAUCACUGAAUUUUGCAUACUGGAUGUCAGGACAAUGCAGGUUGAGAGGAUGUGUGCUGAAUCUCGCGGGUUAUCCAAUUCGAGAACAUUCAUAUAUACCAACUUCCCACCGUCGUUGUUGUCUUUACCGACAAUAUGA